GGAGGCGUGUAGCCCUUUUGUUACCUGUGUUAGAGUACCUGGUCGUUGUAAGUUAGUAACGUUGGACUGAGUUUAAGAUGUCUUCAAAAAGAAACAUCGAGAGCGAUGUUCCAAAGCUUUUCAAAAAGCCAAGUCCGCGGGACUGACAGGGCACUGCUUUAAGUGCAACAGGUUUUUUGUUUUCCUCCCUUUUUUUUACCUGCAAGGCGCAGCAAAUGGGAAUUGCUAAUUAGGCUCUACCGUGAAAGUAAGGACGAAUAGGAGGCACUUCCUCCAAGAACUCAUUCACCUUUCAAGUCCGACCCUCUCUCGAGUUUCAUUUUGGAGUUCUUAGCCACCCUUUCAGGUCGCCGUCAGCAUCUCACCUGUACUGCUGGACCAUGGAUUUCUCACGGUCGAACAUUUCAAAGGCGCUCCAGCUUCGCGUCGCGGAAAAUAGGCGGUAUACGUGCAUCUGGAAGGGUUAGGAAAGCUGCCCAUGUAAAGAGAAAGCGUGACCACUUCAUGUUACAGUGCAUGGCCUCUGGACAAAGUGGUACCGAUCAUGCACAGACCCCUGCGAAAGCGGAGUCUCUACGUGUUCCUGUGUUUUGGCAUCAUAUACCUCAGACUUGGGGCCCUGUCCUCGGUGGUGGCUCUGGGUGCCAACAUCAUCUGCAACAAGAUUCCCGGGCUGGCACCUCGCCAGCGGGCUAUCUGCCAGAGCCGCCCGGACGCCAUCAUUGUUGUGGGCGAAGGCGCCCAGAUGGGCAUCAAUGAGUGUCAGUACCAGUUCCGAUAUGGACGCUGGAACUGUUCGGCGCUGGGAGAAAGGACAGUGUUCGGUCAGGAGCUGCGAGUAGGCAGUCGGGAAGCAGCAUUCACCUACGCCAUCACCGCGGCAGGGGUGGCCCAUGCUAUCACGGCAGCCUGUAGUCAGGGCAACCUGAGCCACUGUGGCUGCGACCGGGAGAAGCAGGGGUAUUACAAUCAGGAGGAAGGCUGGAAGUGGGGAGGCUGUUCGGCUGACAUCAAAUAUGGAAUCGAUUUCUCUCGCCGCUUUGUGGAUGCCCGCGAGAUUAAAAAGACCCCGCGCCGCCUGAUGAACUUACAUAACAAUGAGGCAGGGAGAAAGGUACUAGAAGAAAGGAUGAAGCUAGAGUGCAAGUGCCAUGGUGUCUCAGGCUCCUGCACCACCAAGACCUGUUGGACUACACUUCCCAAGUUCCGCGAGAUUGGCUACGUACUCAAGGACAAGUACAACGAAGCUGUGCAUGUGGAGGUAGUCCGGGCUAGUCGACUGCGCCAGCCCACCCACCUCAAGGUGAAGCAGACUCAGGGCUACCGCAAGCCCAUGGAGACAGACCUUGUCUACAUCGAGAGGUCGCCCAACUACUGCGAGGAGGACGCAGCCACGGGGAGCGUGGGCACCCAGGGACGCCUAUGCAACCGCACCUCGCCACAUACAGAUGGCUGCGACCUUAUGUGCUGUGGGCGGGGCUACAAUACACACCAGUACACCAAAGUUUGGCAGUGCAAUUGUAAGUUCCAGUGGUGCUGCUUCGUCAAGUGCAACACGUGCAGUGAGAGGACGGAGGUGUUUACCUGCAAAUAAGGAUGUGAGGAACUUCCAGGAAGUGAGGCGCCAAAUACUAACUGAAUGAGGAAGACUCAAAGCGAGCGAGAUAAAAGUGUGUCGUGGACCAGUGGAAGAUUUUGAAAUAAAGGAAUGGAAUUUACACUAUCAGCUCUUCAUGGCAUCGUUUUGCACAGCAGAAUCUAUCUAAUUUCUUUUCAGAAAGUAAAUGCUAAAUAUCAGUAGGUAAUACCCCAGACCUUUACUGUCACAUAGGGAUUGUGCUCAUGUACUGAUGUAUCCACAGUGAAGUUGGGACGACAGGUAAUGAAUGAGGCCCAUGUUGGGAACUGUGCUUUGCACUGUGGGAUUUGUAAUUGUUAAAUUCACAAGAGACUCAUGCAUGGCGAGGAAACACAAUAACCUGGGAGUUGAUCAAAAUGACAGCAGCUGAUGAGGUUGUGACUGGGAGAGAUUUGCCAAGCCUUUGAUUGAAAACUUAUGAGUUCAUAUAAGUUUUCUCAUAUUUUCACUAAAGGGGAGUAAAAGUGAAUCUUGACAUGAAUGACCCCCCCAAAUUGGCUGGGGUUUAUGUUGGAGGUUUGUAGAAAUGAAGAACAUUUUGUAAAGCAUGGUGCGUUGGGGAGCGCCAAUGAGUGGAGAACUCUGUUAAACCCUCUGCUGCCAACUGGAAUAUGGUGGAGUAUGUUAGUUUUCCAGUCACACUGGAACUGUCUGUUCUGAACACUGAAAAUAAAUUGUUUAUUUAUGUUAUAGUAUCUUAAAACGAAGCACUAACGGGUAGAGAUGUCUUUUUUGUACUAAGUGUAAAGAAAAGUACUUUUUAGAAACUGACUGAAGAUUUGUGUCUAUUAGAAAAUGACCCCUGAUCCCUAAAACACCUAAUCUUUUCUUUAAAAGAAAAAAAGUUUCACUGCUACUGGUGUGUUGACAACAAAAAAAGAGAACAUCAUUACAGUGUGUUUCACAUUCCAACCUUGGUUCUAUUUUACUGUAGCGUAGUUUGUUUGCAGUCCUUUUCCGCUUGAACAUCAGCAUCUAUUUGGAUGCUUUUGCAAGUUCAGUUAAUAGACAGUAGCAAGAAAAAAAUCAUUUAACUGCAGAGAUCCUUCCUCGAUUCAUUAAACAUGAAACUGAUUAAUUGCUGGACGUGUUGUCGAGUGCUGCACUGAUAUUUGCUAUUCAGAUACGACUCAUGAGAACUAAAUAAACUCCCAUUUGACUCAGUUUGGCAGUUGAUUGCUAAGAUAUCAGUCAAAGUUCAACCUGCCGUCUGCCUUUAGUUUUAAGAGGGAUACUAAUUAGUUCAUUUUAAAAGCUGUGGCCAGUGGAGUGAUGGUUAGUUACAACUAAACACCCAGGCAUACAAUAGCUGAGAUGACAAAAUAUAUAGAAGAGAUUAUUUUUAUUAUUUUAUGAUAUGCCACCAGACAAGAUAUUAUGGAUCAAAGUAUCACUCUUUUUUUUAUUUUUUAAUUAACACAAAGCUAACUUGGGUCUGAUGAUUUACACUCGUUUGUUUUCAUUAGGGCCACAGGAAAAUUUUGGUAGUGGCUAGAUUAGCUCUUUUUGCCACAACAUUAAAGGAGUUCUAGUAUAUAACGAUUUGGAUGCCAUUUCAGGAGUUUUGGACAUGAUUUCUAUCAGUUAUAAUAACACUGUACUCACCAAAGUAAUUGCUGAGAUUUGGAAACAUAAUGAAGUCUGACAGGACAAAAACACAAAAGUAUUUAGAUAACUAAAAAGUUGAGAAAGGUUGUAAAACAAGUCAACAGUUUACCCUGAUUAUCUAAACCACUUUGGUAAAGACAAUAAAAUUCCUUUAAAUGUCUUAAUUUUUUUUGGG